CUUUUUCGUCUCGUUUCUUCUUUUGGAGCAGGAGGAAUCACCAGCCAGUGUCCACAGGCUGCAGGCUGCUGGGAAGCUUGCCCCCAUAGGUCCAUCUCUGCAGUCUUUGCUCGUCGCCGCCGUUCCCCGGCCAAUAGGAUGACAAAGGAGACGCCCAAGGCCGUGAAAGGCGCCUCAUGGCCUGCUGAAGAGAACGCGCCUUGGCUGCUCAGGCUGUGCAGGAGCACUGCGAUUGUGUGUGCGGGUGAUCAUGCAUAUGUCCCAAAGUAGAGGCAGACGGCGAGCUCUUUUGUGUGUGCGUUGGGCUUGCGGACGGCCGGAGACGAACUCAAGGCGGAGAGCUCUUGUCAUUGGCCCGCAGCGGUGGGUGCGCUGGCGAAAAAGCCCAAGCGACCAUUGAUCCACUGCAGGUCAACUUCCCCGUCGCGACCGGAGCCUCAUCGCCGUCGCUGCUCUCGUUGCUGAGCAAAUUCACCAUCAUUGUCUACGCGUCUCGUUCACCACCGCUCGUUCCGUCCCGCCCUCACAAGCUCCGCCUUCAUCUCUCCCUUUGUCUGCGCGUUGCAGGACGGACCGCACCCACAUACUUACAUUCGGACAUCUGCAAAGAUGGCGGCGGUAAGCAUUGCACGCACCAACAUCACAACGAUCGCCGAGUCACGGACUCUGCUGUCGCUCUCGAACCUAGUGGCCGCGCACUCGCACAUCCGCGGCCUAGGUAUCGAUCCAGACACGCUCGAGCCCAAGUCCAGCAGUCAGGGUAUCGUAGGCCAGGAAAAGGCGCGCAAGGCCGCCGGCGUGAUCCUGCGCAUGGUGCAGGAGGGCAAGAUCGCUGGCCGUGCCGUUCUGAUCGCGGGUCCGCCGGGCACAGGAAAGACGGCCAUUGCGAUGGGCAUGAGCCAGGAGCUUGGCAAGGACGUGCCGUUCACCAUGCUGUCCUCAAGCGAGAUUUUCAGCCUGGAAAUGAGCAAGACGGAGGCGCUGAUGCAGGCCUUCCGCCGCAGCAUCGCUGUGCGCAUCACCGAAGAGAGCGAGGUCAUCGAGGGCGAGGUGGUUGAGAUUCAGAUUGACCGCAGCGUGACGGGGGGCAACAAGACAGGCAAGCUCACCAUCAAGACAACGGACAUGGAGACAAUCUACGACAUGGGCACCAAGAUGAUUGACUCGAUGACUAAGGAAAAGGUUAUUGCUGGCGACGUCAUCUCCAUCGACAAGGCCAGCGGUAAGAUCACCAAGUUAGGCAGAUCGUACACGCGCUCGCGUGACUACGACGCCAUGGGCGCCGACACGAAGUUUGUCCAGUGUCCGGACGGCGAGCUGCAGCAGCGCCGCGAGGUUGUGCACACUGUAUCCCUGCACGAGAUCGAUGUCAUCAACUCUCGUACGCAAGGCUUCCUCUCGCUGUUCUCAGGCGACACGGGCGAGAUCCGCUCCGAGAUUCGCGAGCAGAUCAACACCAAGGUCGCUGAAUGGAAGGAAGAAGGCAAGGCUGUCAUCGUGCCUGGAGUGCUGUUCAUUGACGAGGUGCACAUGCUCGACAUCGAGUGCUUCAGCUUUGUGAACCGCGCUCUGGAGGACGAGAUGGCGCCCAUCGUCAUUAUGGCGAGCAAUCGCGGCACGUCGCGCAUCCGGGGGACGAACUACAAAGCCCCGCACGGCCUGCCCCUCGACUUUUUGGACCGCGUCGUCAUCAUCAAUACGGUGGAAUACCAGCCGGAAGAAAUCAGCAAGAUUUUGAGUAUCCGCGCGCAAGAAGAGGAGGUCGAUCUGUCCCCCGACGCGCUCGCACUGUUGACCAAGAUCGGCCAGGAAGCCGGCCUACGAUAUGCGAGCAACCUCAUCAUGACAAGCUUCCUGAUAGCGCAGAAACGCAGGGCGAGCAAGGUCGAGCUAGCAGAUGUCGAGCGCAGCUUCAAACUUUUCUACGACUCAGGGCGAAGCGUCAAGUUCGUCAGCGAGUUUGAGAAGCGAUUCAUCGGCUCAACGGGCUCCGUCACACUUUCAUACACAAACGGCUCCGUCCCUAGUGGUGAUGCCAUGGAAGUCUCCUAAAUACAAAUGAAAUUCCCGUGCGUUUCUUUUCUUACCGUCACAAAACCCGUCGAAGAAAGAGAAUGGGAAAAGGUACUCUUUGACUCAAUAUACAUUAUCAUGAUUGUACUAUAAUAGACUCUGCCACAAUCCUUGUAUGUCGGCAGCACAUUGUGGACCUUACAGGUUGAGCAGCUCAGCUCCCGCGUCGGCAUCAAUCUGCGCCCGCUGGCACAAAAGAUAUUCCUUUUCCGUGGACAAUGACCGUGUAUGAGGCAGAUUAGGCGUGCAGUUAGUGUUCACGAAGCUGAGAGCCAUGAUCGUUUAGGAACAGCACGCCUCGGGUGAUCUGGCGGAAAGGUCUUUUGUUUCCCUUUUUUGACUGCUCCUGCGUUGGACGAGGGCGAGCUGAAAAGGACAGCGAUCAGAAACUUCAAGAAGAGACCAAGACCGGAAAGGGAGGGUGCAGUGGGGAAAAGAGGAAUCGUUGACUCGUGCUUGAAUUCGAUGUACAAGCUAGACGGGAUCAGAUGGUGUCGAUUGCCUCUUCGUGUCAUCUAGAAAUGCCGCUGCUAUACUGAUGCUGAUCCCGAUGCUGUAAUAAGACCUAAAUUUCAUACCUUCAGCUGA